AUGUCGGAAUCCCAACGAAGGAAGGAUGUUCGCUGCUACUGUCGUCCACCGGAUUUCGAGACCACAUCGUAUCCACGUGGGUGGUUGAUAGGUAAAAAACGCAAGAUUGUGAAUGUUGAUGUUGUAGAAAGCAUUAGGAGAAUAGUUGUUCAAGAAAUGAACAGAAAGGAUAGAGAGAUUGAUGGGUUAAAUGAGCAAUUAGAAGAGGAUGCAAAAUGUGUUGAACACCUGCAAGUUCAGCUGUUGGAGGAGAGAAAUAAAAGGUCACAUGUAGAAAGAGAGAACGUGAGAUUGCAGAGUCAGAUCGACAUGUUAAUCAGCUUGGUGCAGGAAAAUGACGACGAAGAACCCUAGUUUCUGGAUCUG